AUGCUGCAGGUCGUCUUCGCUCGUAGGAACAACAAUCAGUUCACGUACUGCUUCACUGUGUACCACCAAGACAAUGCAGACGGCCAAGGUGCUGGAGAUUUCGCCCAGUGCACCUAG